AGUGAUGUUGGGCGCGGUUGGUUCACAUUGAGCAGCCGGCGAGAAGAUUGAGAACUAAACAGGGUGCAUCGUCCAAUCUUCAUCAAAUCUUAAUUAUUACAGAACAGCUUGCAUUUAAAAGAGAACAAACGCGACCACAUACAUAGGCCUACAAGAGAUCGAAAUGUUGGACAAAACCAGCAGCCAGUUCGACUCCUUCCUGUUCUGGAGGCAGCCAAUCCCAUCACUGGACCUGUCGGAGCUGGAAGACCUGGGCAUUUCCGCCCCCAAAUCCAAGGAAAUGAAGUCCGGCAAGAGCUUCCCACGACAGGACGAGGACGAAGAUCAGCUGCUGUCAAAGUUCUCCACCUUCAACUUCUGGAAGGAGCCCAUCGCCAGCAUUGACACCUUGGAUUUCAGCCUGCUGUUAUAAGACACUGCUAUGCCAUUAUCAGUUCCGGCCCAAAAUCUGUAUUUGAAGGGAUAGUUCACUCAAAAAUGAUCAUUUAAUCAUCCACUUGGUCUAAACCUGUUUGAGUUUCUUACUUCUGUUGAACACAAAUGAAGAUAUACCGAAGAAUGUUCAGCCUUUGACUUCAAUAGUAUGUUUUUAUUAUUUUUUUAUGGAUGUCAGUGGUUUCCAACGUUCUUCAGAAUAUCUUGUUUUGUGCAACAGAAGAAAGAAAUUCAUAAAAGUUUGGAUCUACUUGAGUGUGAGUAAAUGGUGAGGAAGUUUUCAUUUUUGGGGUGAACUAUCCCUUUAACACCACUGUGGUUUCACCAAUUCUCUACUAUCUGAUAUUGAUGAAUUGAUUCGAAAAAAUUAUGUGUUAUGCAUUUCUUGUUAAACCAUGUCAGUACAAUUGUAAUGACUGAGUUCUUAUUUGUGCGAAAACUGUCAGGGCGUUAUUGUAUUUCACUGCCUUGUCAAGCCUAACUGCUCAAUUGGUCAUGCUCAUGAGGUAAAUCAGUUGAAAUUAUUUCAUUUUUUAAGGAAAGGGGUGCUUGAACGCUAAUGUUUUAUUGUAAUAUUAUUAUUAUCUGCCAAAUUGAUUGUAUUAUUAACACAUACCAUAAUUUUGCUAGGUUAAAGUGGAAUCUCACUUUUAAGGUGUUUUGUAUUGAGCGGAAAUGCUAAAAUGCUAAUGCUUUUCACAAUUUCCCCCCAUUUGGUUUGACAAAUGUCAGAUGCCAAUUAAAGUGAGCUUGCUGCUAAAUCAACACAAA